CAGCGUCCGACUCCUCCGAGGGCUAGAGCUGCGAGCCACAAGCGUCAGCGAGCGCGACGGAAGUGACGUCGUUUCCGCCCGUCGAGGGCGGGGCUUCGGGACUCGCUGUGGGGAUAUCUGAGGAUCGCAUGGAAGCCAAGACUCUUGGAAUUGUAACACCCAGAAAACCUGUCUUAUCUGUUAGUGCAAGAAAACUUAAGGACAACGCAGCUGAUUGGCACAACCUGAUCCUGAAGUGGGAAAGCCUCAGUGAUGCAGGUUUCUCCACUGCAAGCAGCAUUGCCAACCUGAAGACCAGCUUGUUGAGUAAAGAGGAGAUUGAAUUAGAGAGCAUCAACCCAGCUUCCAAUGAAAAGGAAGAAAGGAAGCAUCUGGGAUAUGAUAAGGAGCUUGAGACUCUGUGUGAGGAACUGCAGGCCACCUUGGAUGGUCUGACUAAAAUACAAAUGAAGAUGGAGAAGCUGUCUUCAACUACCAAGGGAAUUUGUGAACUAGAAAAUUACCAUUACGGGGAAGAGAGUAAACGGCCCCCUCUGUUUCACACAUGGCCCACCACCUACUUUUAUGAAGUCUCCCACCAUCUUUCCGACAUGUACAGGAAGGAGCUCCUCCUGAAGCGCACCAUUGGUGCAGAACUGGCGCACACUGCUGACCGCAGCCUCGCCCUGAGCUACCUGUCCAUGUGGCUGCACCAGCCCUAUGUGGAGAGUGACAGCAAGCUGCAGCUGGAGAGCAUGCUGCUGGAAACAGGGCACCGGGCCCUGUGACUGCCCAGAACACCCCACCCCACCCCUUAAGUUCAGGCUCCAGACUCUGGCUGGACAGUCACUUGGGUGGGGCCUGUUGUGCCCUAGGGGCAGAGGCUUCUAGGAUCCUGGGAUCGCUUUUCCAGGUCACAAGCAUUCCGGCACUGCUGCAGCUGUUGCAGCUGUCCUCCCUUCUGCCUCACCCCACCUAUCCUGAAGCUCUACUCCUCAGCUCCACUGAGUGAAAU